AUGAGGAUAUCCGCCACCUCGUGUAUCUGUCCCUUCCUGGUGUGCCUCUGCUUCAUCCAGAGGUGCUAUGGUGCGGCCCCCCGCGCCCCCUCCAGGGUGCCGUCCAGAAACCAGAGCAGACUGGCCAACGGGGAGUUGGAGGUGCACCACAGACCCAAGCGUGGCUGGAUCUGGAACCAGUUCUUUGUUUUAGAAGAACACAUGGGACCGAAAGCACAGUAUGUGGGAAAGCUUCACUCGAACUCGGAUAAAGGUGACGGAUCCGUCAGGUACAUCCUGAGCGGCGAGGGAGCCGGGACCAUAUUUGUCAUUGACGAGGUGACGGGAGAUAUUCACGCCACUAAGAGCCUGGACCGGGAGAGGAAAACGCAUUACGUCCUCCAUGCACAGGCCUUGGACCGCUACACGGAGGAGGCCCUGGAACCAAAGUCGGAAUUCAUCAUCAAAGUGCAAGACAUCAAUGACAAUGCACCCAAAUUUCCGGACGGACCCUUUGAGGCGUCGGUGCCGGAGAUGUCUGAAGUGGGCACGUCUGUGUGGCAGGUCGUCGCGCUGGACGCCGACGACCCCACCUACGGGAACAGCGCCAGGAUCGUCUACAGUAUUCUACAAGGACAGCCAUAUUUCUCCGUUGACCCCAAAACAGGAAUCAUCAGGACUGCCUUAGCUGAUAUGGACCGGGAAGCCAGGGAACACUACAUGGUUGUUAUUCAAGCCAAAGACAUGGCAGGCCAGGUCGGGGGUCUCUCCGGCUCCACCACCAUCAACAUCACUCUGACAGACGUCAACGACAACCCCCCCCAGUUCCCCCAAAAAAAUUACCAGCUGUACGUCCCUGAAUCCGCUCAAGUAGGGAAACCUGUGGGGAAGAUCAAGGCCAAUGAUGAGGACCUCGGCGUCAACGCAGACAUCAAGUACAGCAUCAUUAACUCCGAGGGAGCCAACACGUUCUCCAUCUCCACCGACCGGGACACGAGGGAGGGAAUCCUCAGCCUCAAGAAGCUCCUGAACUACGAGAGGAAGAAGACCUACACGCUCCACAUCGAGGGGACCAACACACAUGUGGAUCCUCGCUUCUCCUUCCUCGGCUCUUUCAAAGACACCGCCACCCUUAAAAUAACUGUGGGAGACGUGGACGAAGCCCCGGUCUUUUCUAUGGAUUAUUACAUCAUGGAUGUGUACGAGAACACCCCGAGAGGCACGGAGGUGGGCGCCGUCACGGCUCGAGACCCCGACAGCAGGAACAGCCCUGUCAGGUAUUUCAUGGACAGCGAAGAAGAAGGGAAGAGGUACUUCAGAAUCGACGAGAGCACUGGAGUGGUGCGGACCACGCAGCCUCUGGACAGAGAGGAGAUGCCGUGGCACAACAUCACGGUGAUGGCCUCGGAGGUUGACAACCCCAGCCUCCUCAGCCAGGUCCCUGUGAACGUUCAGGUCCUGGACGUGAACGACAACCCGCCAGAAAUAGCCACAGACGAGGAGGUCAUCGUGUGUGAGAGCUCGAGGCCGGGACAGGUGAUCCAGACGGUCACCGCGGUGGAUAAAGACGACUUUGCCAACGGACAGCGGUUCAGCUUCGCUCUGCCCAGCCAGCUGCCGGUGAAUCCCAACUUCACCCUGAAGGACAACGAAGACAGCACAGCCAGCAUCAUAGCGCGGCGGAGGCGUUUCAACCACCUGACCCAGGAGCUGUACCAGCUGCCCAUCGUGGUGUGGGACGGGGGGGAGCCGUCGCUGAGCGGCACCAGCACCUUGACCCUGCGGGUGUGCCCGUGCCAGCGCCACGGCCGGAUCCGGAUGUGCCAGGGCGAGGCGUUCCUCUCCUCCGCCGGACUCAGCACCGGCGCUCUGAUCGCCAUCCUGCUGUGCAUCAUCAUCCUGCUGGCCAUCGUGGUCGUCUUCAUCACGCUGAGGCGGAGCAAGAAGGAACCACUCGUCAUCUCCGAGGAGGACAUCCGAGAAAACGUGGUGACCUACGACGACGAGGGCGGCGGCGAGGAGGACACCGAGGCCUUCGACAUCAUCGCCCUCCGCAACCCGGCCGCCGCCGAGGAGCUCAAGUUCCGGCGGGACAUUCGCCCGGAGGCGCGGAAACACUGCGUCCCGCCGCGCAGCCGCCGGAGCCCGUCGGCCGAGGUGGACGAGGUGGACGUGCACAAAUUCAUCAAGCAGAAGUUGGUGGAGGCCGACAUGGACACCAGCGUGCCGCCCUACGACUCGCUGCAGACCUACGCCUACGAGGGUCAGGGGUCGCCCGCGGGCACCGUCAGUCCUUUGGACUCGGCCGGGACGCAAUCGGAGCAGGAUUAUAAGUACCUGGACGACUGGGGGCCGCAGUUCCACAAACUGGCAGAACUCUACGCAGAGGCAGAGUCCGACGCCACCACCUAG